AACCUCGCUAAAAGCUCUGUCCGUUUCAGACAGCGGAGUCGAGUCAGCUCAGUUCCUCGCUCCGACUCGCCGGCGAGUCGCGAUCCCAUUCCCCCUCUGCUCUCACCAGUCCAUAAUCUUCACGUCGUCGUCGUCUUCAACCUCCGAUUUCCAUCGCUGUCGCAUUGCGACCGGCGAGAAAAUCUCGCCCGGCUUUGAGCUGGAUUCGGCGCUCCAAUGGCGGUCCCCGUGGAAGAAGCCAUCGCUGCUCUCUCCACAUUCUCUCUCGAGGACGAGCAGCCGGAGAUUCAAGGACCGGCCAUCUGGGUGUCCGCCGAGCCCGGCGCCACCAACAGCCCCAUCGAAUACAGCGAUGUUUCGGCGUACCGGUUAUCUCUGUCCGAAGACACGAAAGCUCUCAACCAGCUGAACUCUCUUAUUCAGGAGGGGAAAGAGAUGGCUUCGGUGCUCUACACGUAUCGCAGCUGUGUGAAGGCGCUUCCUCAGCUUCCUGAGUCUAUGAAGCAUAGUCAAGCUGACUUGUAUAUGGAGACAUACCAAGUUCUUGACCUGGAGAUGAGUCGACUCCGUGAAAUUCAACGGUGGCAAUCAUCAGCUGCGUCUAAACUAGCAGCUGAUAUGCAGCGUUUUUCCAGGCCAGAGCGACGCAUUAAUGGCCCCACCAUAACUCAUCUCUGGUCUAUGUUGAAGUUACUUGAUAUCUUGGUACAACUUGAUCAUCUAAAAAAUGCAAAAGCAAGCAUACCGAAUGAUUUUUCUUGGUAUAAGAGGACUUUCACACAAGUCAGCAUUCAAUGGCAAGAUGUUGACACAAUGAGGGAGGAGUUGGAUGAUUUGCAGAUUUUCUUAAGCACAAGAUGGGCCAUCUUAUUGAACUUGCACGUCGAGAUGUUUCGGGUGAACAAUGUGGAAGAUAUUCUACAAGUUCUUAUUGUUUUUGCUGUUGAGUCAUUGGAAUUGGAUUUUGCUCUUCUUUUUCCUGAGCGGCAUAUUCUUCUACGAGUUCUGCCCGUCCUAGUUGUGCUGGCAACAUCAUCCGAGAAGGACAGUGAAUCACUGUACAAAAGGGUUAAGAUUAACAGACUGAUCAAUAUAUUUAAGAAUGAUCCGGUAAUUCCUGCAUUUCCAGACCUUCAUCUUUCUCCGGCUGCAAUACUGAAAGAAUUGUCAAGUUACUUCCAAAAGUUUUCUUCUCAAACUCGUCUUCUCACUCUUCCAGCGCCACAUGAGCUCCCUCCGAGGGAAGCACAAGAAUAUCCUCGCCAGUAUCUGAUUGUUAAUCACAUUGGAGCCAUUCGUGCUGAGCAUGAUGAUUUCUCAAUUCGUUUUGCUUCAUCUGUGAAUCAGCUUUUGUUGUUGAAGUCAACAGAAAGCGCCGAUGCUGAAUGGUGCAAAGAGGUAAAGGGGAAUGUGUAUGAUAUGGUAGUGGAAGGAUUUCAGCUCUUAAGCAGAUGGACUACACGUAUAUGGGAACAAUGUGCAUGGAAAUUUUCUCGGCCCUGCAAGGAUGCGGUUUCACUAGAAGCAAAUGAACCUUUAGGAUCAUGUUCUGACUAUGAAAAGGUAGUUCGGUAUAAUUAUAGUGCAGAGGAAAGAAAAGCUCUGGUUGAACUUGUUAGCUACAUAAAGAGCACUGCUGCGAUGAUGCAAAGAUGUGAUACAUUGGUAGCUGAUGCUUUAUGGGAAACCAUACAUGCCGAGGUACAAGAUUUCGUGCAGAACACUCUAGCCACCAUGUUGCGAACAACAUUUCGAAAGAAGAAGGACCUAUCAAGGAUUCUCUCAGACAUGCGAACUCUUUCAGCAGACUGGAUGGCAAACACAAGCAAGUCCGAGCCAGACUUACAAUCGCUACAGCCUGGAGGUGAAGAAAGCAAAGGGAACUUUUUCUGUCCAAGGCCAGUGGCACCAACGGCUUCUCAGGUCCAUUGCCUGCAAUUCUUAAUCUAUGAGGUUGUUUCUGGUGGUAAUCUUAGGAAGCCUGGGGGACUCUUUGGUAACAGUGGUUCUGAGAUCCCUGUCAAUGACAUGAAACAGUUGGAGACAUUUUUUUACAAGCUUAGCUUUUUCCUGCAUAUAUUGGACUAUACAGCGACAUUGGUGACUCUGAGUGAUCUUGGUUUUCUCUGGUUUAGAGAGUUUUACUUGGAGUCUUCUCGUGUUAUUCAGUUUCCUAUUGAAUGCUCUCUUCCCUGGAUGCUGGUGGAUCACGUAUUAGAGUCUCACAAUUCUGGACUUCUUGAAAGUGUCCUGAUGCCUUUGGACAUCUAUAAUGAUUCAGCUCAGCAGGCAUUGGUUGUCUUGAAACAACGGUUCCUCUAUGAUGAAAUUGAAGCUGAGGUGGACCAUUGUUUUGAUAUAUUCGUGUCAAAGCUUUGUGAGAGUAUUUUCACAUAUUACAAGAGUUGGGCAGCAAGCGAGCUACUUGAUCCAUCAUUUCUCUUUGCCUUGGAUAAUGGAGAAAAAUUUUCCGUCCAGCCUAUGAGGUUUACAACAUUACUAAAGAUGACAAGAGUAAAGUUGCUUGGAAGGACCGUUGACUUGAGAAGUCUGAUUACGGAAAGGCUGAACAAAGUUUUCAGAGAGAAUCUCGAGUUUUUGUUUGAUCGUUUUGAGUCCCAAGAUUUAUGUGCAAUAGUGGAGUUGGAUAAGUUGCUGGACGUCUUGAAGCAUGCACAUGAAUUGAUAUCAAAGGAUAUCUCGAUAGACUCAUUUGAUCUAAUGAUGAACGAGAUGCUAGAGAACAUAUCACUUGUUUCAUAUUCAAGUCGACUUGCCUCUCAGAUUUGGUCAGAGAUGCAAAACGAUUUCUUGCCCAACUUCAUUCUUUGUAAUACUACUCAACGAUUCAUCCGUUCUUCAAAGGUGGCAUCAGUUCCUGUUCAAAAGCAUUCUGUUCCCUAUGCAAAGCCCAAUUUCUACUGUGGUACUCAAGAUUUGAAUUCUGCACAUCAGAGUUUUGCGCGACUUCACAGUGGGUUCUUUGGUAUGCCGCAUAUGUUUUCGAUGGUUAAACUUCUAGGUUCAAGGUCAUUGCCUUGGCUCAUCAGAGCACUGCUGGACCAUAUCUCAAAUAAGAUUACUACCAUAGAACCUAUGAUAGCGGGAUUACAAGAAGCAUUGCCCAAAUCAAUUGGAUUGCUUCCUUUUGAUGGUGGCGUGACAGGCUGUAUGAGGCUUAUCAAAGAGCAACUUAACUGGGGGAAGAAAUCAGAGCUUAAAGCAGAGGUGCUUCGUGGGAUCAAAGAGAUAGGAAGCGCUUUAUAUUGGAUUGGGCUUCUUGAUAUAGCAUUGAGGGAAUUAGACACCACACACUUCAUGCAGACUGCACCUUGGCUGGGUAUGAUUCCAGGUGCAGAUGGGCAGAUAAUGCAAGCUCAAGAUGGUGGAGUCAGCCCUAUAGUUAACCUUUUCAAAUCAGCAACCACUGCCAUUGUUUCUAACCCAGUUUGCGCAAGUCCAAUGUCCUUUCACACCAUGGCAAAACAGGCUGAAGCUGCUGAUUUACUGUACAAGGCUAACAUAAAUAUGGGAAGUAUCUUGGAGUAUGCCCUUGCUUUUACAAGUGCUGCGCUAGAUAAAUAUUGCAGUAAAUGGAGUGCUGCACCCAAAACAGGUUUUAUUGACAUUACAACCUCAAAGGACUUCUACCGCAUCUACAGUGGCCUCCAAAUUGGGUAUGUGGAGGAGUCUGUUCAAAUGCAAUCACCAAGCCAUGAAGUAUUGGGGGAUUCAGUUGCCUGGGGUGGUUGUACCAUCAUGUACUUGCUUGGGCAGCAGCUGCACUUCGAGCUAUUUGAUUUUUCAUAUCAGGUCCUCAAUGUUGCCGAGGUAGAGGGAGUGUCCCCUACGCAUGCGCACAAGAAUCCUCCUUCCCUGCAGGGUUGGGAGGCGCUCUUGGAAGCUCUGAAGAAAGCUAGGAGGUUAAACAAUCAUGUGUUCUCCAUGUUGAAAGCGCGGUGUCCACUCGAAGACAAAACAGCUUGUGCCAUUAAGCAAAGCGGUGCACCCCUUCAUCGAAUCAAGUUCGAGAACACCGUGUCCGCAUUCGAAACACUGCCACAGAAAGGUGCCUGAACAACGCUAUUUCUUUAACUUUUCUUCUUGCAAGAUCACCCUAUCAUGAGCGUGCCUAAUGGAGAGGUAUUCAGCAUCGAUGUUUCUGACUGUAUGUAGUUAUUCUCUUGUAGAGAGAGAGAGAGAGAGAGAGAGAGAGAGAGAGUUUUAAGACUCCCAUUUCGGUUGGUAAUGGGAAUGAAUUGCUUUACUCCCAAGUAAAAAGCUUAUAAUCCUAAAAGAUAAUCUCAAGAGUUGUCCUAGAGGAAAUAUACCCGUCACAACUUGGCUAUAUCAUAUCUUUCAGUACCUCAAAACACAUGCAUCAUCGUGUCUUAUGAUAACAUUUGUCCUCUUGCG